AUGAAUCUUGGGUGUCUUAGAAGGGCUGAAAAGGCAUUCCAAAUGACAGCCAAUUCCAAGGGUUAUUCUAACCGCGCGAAUAGUGUGAUCAGAUAUUCGGGUGGUCGAGGUGAAUACAUUUUGAUGUUUGCUGAAUUGGAGGAAGUGGUAUUCCGAGAAACCGACAAGUGGGGGCAAUUUUUUGUAACCCUAGGGCAGGUAGCAAAACCCGUAUCCAAAGUAGAUACAGAAACCAUCACUUGUGUUCUUUGCCCGUUGUGCAUGGUCGAGCUCAAAAAUCCUAUAUUAUGUGGUGCUUCCAAGUCAGCUGGAAACUCAAACGUCGACAGCACCCGAUGGCCGCUUGGCUACCAAACCCGAGCCGACAUCAGUCACUGCACAAUGGGCGUCUUCCUACAUCAACGCUCCGUUAGUGGUCUCAGUCUAUUGCUGUUAACUUUUGCCUGUGUUCCAGCCAUUGUCCGGGCGCCAACACCAAAGCCUGCACCAAAGCCGCAGCCCACCCCGGCCUGCUCGCAGGCUUCAGUCCAGAUUACCGGAAUAUAUGGUAUCACCGGGUCGGCGACCUUCAAGCCGACGACGAAGAGCCCUAAGGGUAUUGAUGUCUCAAUAUCAGUAACUGGUUUGAGACAACAACAACAUACAUAUCAUAUUCAUAUAAAUGCCGCCGACAUCAGUAAUUGUAAUUCGGCAGGUAAAAACUAUGACCCAACAAACCUUAAAAAGCUCAAUAAUUGUCCUGGAGGUAGAAUCGAGAAUCAAAAUAAAUGUGAAGUUGGUGAUCUGUCUGGUAAAGGUGGAUUCUUAGCACCUGAUCAGGCUGGCGCGACAGUUUCAAAAGCAUACACGGACACAAUCUUACAAUUUUCAGACAUUAAGGGGAGAAGUCUUGUUAUUCAUGAUGCCAAAGGGGAUUUCAUUGCUUGUGGCAAUGUUGUCUGCCAACCCUAAGAUUCUUGAAAUCUAAAUCAUCGUCCCCAUGAUCAAAUUUUUGUAUCAGAAACAUCCUUAAUGUUUUUUUAUCUCUCAUAUCUGAUUCGUGCACAGUUGUCACCACAGUGUUCCUAAUCCCCAUUUAUUCUUCUGAAGUUUCAAGUUGCUGUUAUACUUUAAUAGGUCCAUUUGAAUCUGUGAAGGCUCAUUGAUUACCAUUUUGAAAAUAGUAUUAUAACACAUGUUCUCUAUCAGUUGUGAUUUCUCUUUUUCAGAAAGAGAAAUAACCAUUUCAACCCUGUAUAAACACAUCCAAUGUAUGAAGUAUUUGUACAUGAUUGUAUAUGUAAAUGGAGCUCAGCAGAAAAUGAUUUCUUCUUCC